AUGAUAUACAGAGUGAAAUUAAUAUUUGGGAAAAUUUGGAAUCGUAUCGAAUCAAUCGAUCAACUCCAAUCGAAUAAGAUCGGAGAUAUUGAUUAUAAGAAGAUGGAGGAGAAUUCGAAUUCGAAUUCGAGCAACGACUCGAACGAAAAGCCCGGAUUGGCGAGUAGGGUAGGUAAUAAUGUGGCAUCGGCGUUUUUCGCAUCUCUGGAAAGUUGCUCGUGCGUUAACCUAACCACCGCCGAUUCCGACGACGAGGAUGAACUGGAGGAAGAAGAAGCCAAAGAGCAGGCUAUUAUGAUGGCUCAUCUUCAAUCGACGGUCUCCGAUAAAAAUGCUCCUGCCUCCGUCGAGAAUCUCCCCGUCUGA